UGUGCUAAAGUACAGAGAAGGUGAGAGGUGGGGAAGGCAGGAAGGUGACAGCCUCCUGGAAGAGGAAAAGCAGCACACGUCCCUCUGCUUUCUGCUGCUUCACCUUGGUGGGGGAUGUAAAAAUGCUGGACAAUAUCCAUGCUGCAAUCCUCGAGUCUGGCAGGGCCGUGUUCCCAACGCUCCCGAAGCUCACAGCGGACGAAGUCUUUAGUAUUUGGGCCAAUGUGUCUGAAUUUGUGGAACGGCAGCUCUCCAUGAACAAGGGUGUCCAAAUACCAGGGCUUGGAACAUUCUCUUUUUUAAGACAAAAAUUAGAUGUUGGCAACAAUAAAUUUAUCCUUAUUCAAAGACCUGUGUUUCUUCUGUCUGAGAAACUAGCCCAGAUUCAUGGACUCAAACUUGCCAAAAUACAGACUCCUGGUGAUAUCCCAAUUAUUCAACUGAACUUCAUCAUGUUAUCCCUGGAGGGUCCCUUUAACAGGGAGAUAGUGGAAGGAUGUGUAAAAGAGACCCUGCUUUUUUUCUCACGAUCCAUCGCUAUCAAACAGAAUGUUGAAUUCACUUUCAAGGGAAUUGGAGUUCUCGUUAUCCGGGACAACAAAGUGAAAAUGAAAUUUUACAAAGAUUUCCUUCAAGCCAUGGAUGGCAGUGGCAAUCUCGUGAAAGCUCUUUCCAAUAGGCCCGGGACAGGCGAUUCAGUUAUUUCAGGCAGAGAAACUGCAAUGUCUCAGACCCGUGCUUGCAGUGUUGUCAUGUUUCCAAGGAUUGAGUUGAAGGAAACAGACAACAAAGCAGCCAUGGAAACCAUCAUAGAAGAACGUGAAAAGUCCAACAAAGAAAAGGAGCUAAUAGAAAAAGAGAGAGCUCAUAGUAACAGUAGCAGUAAAAAAGAAAAUCUUCCCAUUAAGCGCCUUCUGUCCCGACAAUCUAUUGUUCCUGCCAAAGUGUCAGGGUUCAAUCUGACUGAUGAGCUGGAGAAGAACAUCAAGCAAAAGAAUGCCCCUGAAAGUGCAACAUCACCUGCUCCUCCGUGUUUCUCAAAGACAGAAACUGACUGCGGUCCCAACCUAAUUCAUGCUACCGGACCCAGAACCCCAUCCCCUCUUUGUCAAGAUCAUGGUAGGGCUGGACAGGAAAUGUGCUACCUGUGUAUGCAGCGUGCUCAGAGGAACAUCCCAGUGUACUUAAGCGAAGAGAGGCGGAGGAAAGAGCUGGAUGAUGACAGAAUAUUGGCGCAAUACCAAACUAUGAAAGACCAAGAGGCUCUUCAUAGGCAGCAGAUGAAAUUCUUGGCGAACAGAGAACAGAACCAAAAAAACGCUGCCUUUAACCUGGGGGUGGCUGAAGCAAUGAGAAACCACAAGAAUGAAAAAUCCACAGAAUUUUAUAAAUCAUUUGUUUUUGUUAAACGGCCGCCCAGCCCUGCCCCCUACAUCAAGCAAGAGGAGUAUUCACAAGACUUGUUAAAGCAAAUGGAGGAGAAGAAGGAGAAGGAAGCAAAACUAAAGCAGGACAAAGAGCUGAUGGAUCGGCUGGAACAAGUGCAGCUUGCAGAAGAGCUAGCUGCCCAAAGAGCUAAAUACCUGAAGGGCAAGAUGGAAGAAAUGCAGUGCUAUAAGAAGGCCUUGGAUACACAGAUAAAGUUGAAGCCGAUACAGUUGCCGGUCUGUGAGCCUGACUCAGCAGAUCUCAUCUUUGGGAAGAGUGAUAUGACCAAUGAGAAGCUUGCGGAAAAAAGGCAGCGAGCCCAGGAGUUCUACAAGCACCAGCUGCAUGCCACAGCCCAGCGGAAGAGGACAGCUAUCCUCAAUCAGUUGGUGGAGCAGAGGCGAGAAGCUGACAUGCUGCAGAGAGCCAAGAGAGAGUGGAUUGCAGACAGAGGAGCGCAGUUUGAGAAAAUAUUCCAGAUGAAUUUAGCAGUGCAGGACGACUGGCAAAAAAGCGCUGGAAUGAAAAGGCUAAGGGAAGUUGAAGAGAAGCUAUUUGAGCGUGCCAGGGACAAGCUCAUGCUACUUGAUCAGUGCGAGAGGUACCGACGCUGUUUGCAGUGUAACAGGCGCACGACCAACUGCGGGGAAUCCAAUGUGUGGUCAGAGUCUAGAUACAUUCCAGGAUCCCGGUUAAUGGUUUGAAGCAAGUUUUCACCCUAUUUUUGUUUUCUUCGUGCGGAUUUCCCCCCCCCCCCCCCGAAUGUGGUGAGCUAUGUCUCACAGCUCAAUGAAAAUUGUGCUAAAGAUUGUUGCUUUUGGACUUAGGUUUUUAUGAGAAUUAUGUUGAAUUAAACAAAGUUCCAAAGGAGUAAUUUCCUUGCUUUGGUACCAGAUCAGUAGGUUAGCUGAACUGACGGUAAGAUCUGGAGGGGCAGAAAGAAGACAGCGUGGGGAGCAGGAGAUUGUUACCCUGUCAAGUUGGCAUUGAGUGAUCAGCAAUUUCUACUCCUCUGAUCACCAUUUAGUGCCCUGUAGGAAAGGAGUUGGUGUCCUUGGUCCAGUAUCUAGGGGACAGCUACCACUAUUUAACACCCUUCUUAGCAAUCUCAGCAGAGAUGAAGAACUGAAUCAGCAUGGAGACUGACCUAAUCUCACACCAAGUGGUUGUACCUCCUGAUCCGAGGGCAGGCCUUGAAGGUAAGGCAGCUUGCACUGCCACUGUCCAUGGUGUCGUCGAUUUGGCUGUCCACAAUUUCACUUGUCGUCCUUGUCCAGGGCUGUCAUAUAGACUGGUGCUCUUCAAGCCAUUCAAUUCACCUAAUCAUUGACCGUUGAUGCCAGUAAACAUUAAUCUCUGCUGUGGAGUCUGAUAGCAAGAGGCAUUCUGAAAGGAAGUUCUGUUACAGAUCCUGCCUGCUGUCCCACAAAUAUUGGGGGUACCAAGUGGAAUAAGUAUUUCCAGAUUAACUCCUUCACCCCUUCUAUGUGCUACAAUGUGGUGCUUGGGUGUGAAGAGCCCUGUGGGUGCUCUGCUGAAAUACUAGCUCACGCAAGCCUUUUAGAAAAUCCUAAGCUCCUAAGCCUCAUUUUGAAUGCAAGCUCUGCAACGGAGUCCUCUGCUCUUCAGGCACUUGUCCAGCUGGAACUGCUGAAUUGGAAUCGGACGUGUUUAAAGGCUGAGAUGCUGUGCGUUAGUGGAGACUGGCCAAGAGCUGGAUCACAGCCAUGGAAGCAAGGAGAGAAAUGUGCUAAUUAGGCGAGAGAUCAACCAAUACUGCCAAUUUGCUACAGAACCCAAGAGAAUACAAAUUGUCCAAAUGCGUGCCCUGACUCGCACUCCAGAGCGCAGCAGUGCUCUCUCUCACUAUUGCUAAAGCCCUUGAGAUUUUAAAGCCUGAUCCUGCAGUAUUCCUGCAAAGCUUGUUGAGCUCAUCAGGCGUUUUGCAAGGGCUAUAGAAUUGGGGGCCUUACUUCUAGCUCUUCUUCUCCUUCCCUUGGUAGGGUGCAAUAGCUGGUCUGUUACUGACAGCUGUAGGCCCGCUCCCUCCCCCCGAAGGACAUCACCAGCUACACCAUUCUACUGUCUGAACAGACAGAUCCCAACAUGAGCAGGGACAGAGAUUGUUUCUGUACACUGGAACUGUAUUAUUAUUGAAUAGUUAUACUGCAGUAGUUCCCAGCAGUCCUACACAAGCCCUCAUUGUACUAGAUGCCGCAGAAAUGCUUAGGGAAGACAUUGUCCCUACCUCAACUAACUCACUUUAGCAAUCUGUGCAAUCAGUUAACUAAGGCCUCCAACAGCCCGGUGAGGUAAAUAAGAGAGACCCAAUGCAGGCCUCCUUUGGGGCUGCAGGGGCUCUUGGACAGUGAAUAGCAGUGCUGCAUAGCAGGCUAGGACAAGCACUGAAGAGUAUCCUAUCCAGUUGAAGCUGUAGUGAGGCAUGUAUGUGAGCAGGGCUGCAGGACUAACAUCCAUAAGGUGCCAUGGGAUACAUAAUGGUCACAAUUGUUCUGGUCUAGACAGGUUCUUAGCCCGUGCUCAUCACCGAGCACUAUGCAGGAGUGCAUUAACCGCUGUGACUACCCAUCUGUCACGUGUUUCUCUCAUGCUCUCCACAGGUGGAGAAGUGGCUGGCGUGUUCUGUUUUGGAAUUGAUUUUUCUAUACAGUGAGACGUUGUGAGGCUCAUGGCUUGCUGUCUGAAAGAUGGGCGCUCCAACAGCACUCUGCCCCUAAUGCACAGGUUCAGUCCUGACUAAGCAAAGAACUUGAACACAUGAGCAGUCCCAUUGACAUUAAUGGGAACCCUCACCUGCUUUGCUGGAUUGGUACCCAAGAGGACAGGCAACACUGCAUUAGCUUCCAUUUUCAGGUGUAGUCUGCAUGCCUGGCUCUCACUGACACAUGUCUAGUACGGCAUAUGCAAUUAAUUUAAAAUACCCUUCAGAAACCAUUUGGCAUACAUGGUUUUUAAAAGAAAGGAUGGUGUUGCACUUUUUAAGUAAGCUUUAAUUGAUUAUACAAAUGAAACAUACACAGUACAGCAAUCUGUCAUUGCAUUACAAAAGCACUGCAUGUACAAUCACUUACAGGAGCUGUUUAAUGCUCUCUAAUAAAAUGGCCAGCACAUUUAGCUUGUCUGAGGUCUUCAUAAAAUAACACUAAGAAUUACUGAGGCAGUUUAACACAGUUUUACGGACAAAGUAACAAUGAAAGGGUUCCAUUGGACCUGUACAUGGGAAAGCUAUUGAGACUAACCUGUCAUUAUAGCACCUGAUGACUGGAGGGGAGAAUAAAGACAAUGACAAACUCCAGAAGGUGUUUUGGGCUGGAAGUGUGCAUUGUUUUGGGAGUGCUUUCUUCUCCUGCUGCUUUAGUCACUGACUGAAUUCAAAAUGUGGUUUAUGUUAGCUCAUGAGCAGAGUGGGGUGGGAGCAUGCCACCUGGGGUGUUCUGAAUGCUCCUCACAGAUUGUAGGCACUCAUGCAAGGUAUGCAAAUAGCUUGAAGUAAGGGAGAAAAAUCAUUCGUGAUUUCAGUUCAGAUACCGACUCUUGUUUAGAGACAGCUACAACCUCCACCCUCCGUCCCGGUGGGAUGCUGAAUGUUUUCCUCCAAAAUUUGGGGGUGAUCAGCUCGGAUUCUGGUGCAUGCCCAUCACUGGAGCUGAAAGUAAAGCUUUUAUUGAGCCAAAUACUGACUGAGGAGAACCUAAGGUUAAACCCUGAGAAGCACAGUAAAGUUCACUGCUUGCUGAAACAUGAAGUCAAUGGACUCAAUGUAGAGUCAGACAGUCCGAACGGCUUAGGCCCUGAUCCUGCAAAGACUUACACACACACUUAACUGAACCCACUGUGAGUAAUUGGUCCCAUUGAUGCGAGUGGGACUACUCGGUGUGUAAAGUUAAGUCUGUAUGUAAAGCCUUGCAUGACUGGGACCUUAAAGCAACUAGAAAGCUCUCAAUUUUGGCUUUACAUAUCAGAUAUGUUGCCAGUUUUCAUUUUAACUGAUAUUUUAAUUGGGAAAAGAAGUUAGAGGUCUUAACUAAUCAGGAAACAAACAUUUACAUUGCUGAACUGGUUGCAGCAGUUCAGAGAAAACUAUUUGACUGCUGUGAUAUUAAUGGGGAUGCAUCAGAUGUGAUCUAACUGGUUCAUCAGCGUUGCACAUGGCAGCAUUGCUGACUUUUGAUACGGUCAUGCUGAAUUUCAUUAUGUGAUGAGUCUGUUUUCAGCCAACCAUGAUCUAAGACUUUUUGUUUAUGCAUCAAUUAAUAACAUUUUAAAAUAGAUCAGAUUCUGUUUUCCUUUUUUGUGUGCUAGUCUGAAAAUAAACAGAUGUCCAUCCCUUUGCAUUGGCAGUCAGAUUUGAUGAGGCAAGACUUGUAUGGUUAAAGCCUGUAUUUAACCCAGCAGCAGAAACAUAAACUUGAUUUAUUGGA